CGAAGCGAACUUCUCCGUAUCAUACUUGAACCUGUUUCCAGAAUGUCAAAAGUGACGAAGUCGAUACAGUGAAAUGAUGUCAGUCGUCGAUGGUUGCGUAUCACGGAAAAGUAAAAAGCAUUCUAUCGAACUGUGAUUGUGAAUACUUGUUGUGAAUUGAACGCCUCCUCGGGGCGCUUGUUGGUGUAGUGAUUAUUUAUGCGUUUGGUGUUGCAAAAUGUCGAAACAUGAUCGUGCUAAAUCGGGUGGCUUGCUGGAUACGCUGUUUUUCGGUCGACCGCACAAAAAGGGUGGUCGUGGCGGUGCCGGAGGCUACGGAAGCGGGACGCUGAGCGGUGUGAGUGGCCACGGAGGCAACGGAAUCAAUGGUGGUAGACCACUGUCCGGGGCGGAGUCGGAGAUAUCCCUCCUGGACGAGCUGAACAACGAAAUAAAAAGGAUGACUGAGGCGGAAGUGAAUCAGAAGUUCCUUGAAAUACUGGAGGAUAUGAAUAUUCCGAAGGAUAAGCGCGACCCGCUGCUGUUAAAAUCGUUAGACGAAAAGAAGAAAAUGAUUCUGAUGCAUGUGAAAGGUACAACCAGCAGUGAGCACCGUGCCAACUCGCGCUUCGAGAAGCCCAUCGACUACAUCCAGUAUCUACGCGAUGGAGACUUCAUCAGUCGCAUCCCUAAAAUCCUGCAAUGUGUCGAGAGUCUUCGGGUGGCCCUUACUAGCAAUCCAAUCAGCUGGAUCAAGGAAUUUGGCGAACCAGGAAUCGACGAAAUCGUGAACUUGCUCCGGCACUGUAAAUCGAAUCCCCGACGGUUCGAGAAAAUCGAAUACGAGUGUUUACGAUGCCUGAAGGCGGUGAUGAACAACUCGUGGGGUCUGAAUGUGAUUCUAACUCCGGAUCAGCACGCGGCCGUGCUGCUGUUGGCCCAGAGCGUUGAUGCAAACAAACCGCACACGAUGUGUGAAGCGGUUAAGCUGCUAGCUGCCAUCUGUUUAGUGAAGGAGCGCAAUGGGUACGAGAAGGUGCUGAAAGCGAUUACCAAUGCUACCUCGAUGGCUCGGCCUGGUGGUGCCAGGUUUCGACCGAUUGUGGAUGGGCUGUUUGUGGAGCACGACCGGAAUCUGGAGCUCACCUCCAACACGAUGAUCUUCAUCAAUUGUCUCAUCAACACACCUACGGAUAUCAACUUUCGGUUGCACUUGAGGUGCGAGAUGAUGCGGGCCGGAUUGCACGACAGGUUGGACCAGCUGACGGAGAUUGUGGACAAGAGCAAUAACGAGAAUCUGGAGAAACAUUUCAAAAUUUUCAAUGCUUUCCGGGAGGAUGACUUCGAGGAGUUCAGCAACCGUUUCGACAAUGUUAGGCUUGAUUUGGAUGAUAUGAAUGAGUGCUUCGAGUUGCUGAAAAACUUGGUAGUGGAUACCAGUUCCGAGCCGUACUUUUUAUCGAUCCUGCAGCAUUUACUGUUCAUCCGAGAUGAUUACGUGUAUCGACCGUCAUAUUUUAAGUUGAUUGAGGAAUGUGUUUCGCAAAUUGUGCUACACAAGAGUGGAUGUGAUCCAAACUUCGAAAGUCGAGAUUUUCAUAUAGAUACUUCCACUCUGCUAGAGGACAUGGUGGAGAAAAGUAAACAGUUAGAAUCUAAGAAGAGCGAAGAUUUCGAGAAGCGAAUGGAAGAACUGCAAACGGCUAGACAGGAAGCCGAAGCGCGAGCGGCCGCUCUGGAGGAUCGGCUGAAGGAAAUUGAAGCGACGGGAGUGAUAUCGCCCAAGGGCAAAAGUAAGCUACCUCAAAUUAAUAUACCCCCACCUCCGCAAAUGCCAGGAAUGGGUCCACCUCCUCCGCCGCCUCCACCGGGCAGUGGUGGUGCACCUCCACCUCCUCCACCCCCAAUGAUGCCGGGAGUUCCACGACCUCCGCCCAUGCCUGGAAUGGGUGGUGCACCAAGACCUCCUCCUCUACCGGGGAUGGGUCCACCUCCACCCCCGAUGCCAGGCAUGGGUCCUCCUAUGCCACCUGGAAUGGGUGGGUUCCGUCCGAUGGCACCAGUACCUGCCCCCCUGCCACAUGGUAUGAAACCAAAAAAGAAAUGGGACACAGAUGGGCCUAUGAAACGUGCGAAUUGGAAGGCAAUCGUACCGCAGAAGUUGUCGGAAAACUCGUUCUGGGUGAAGGUUCGAGAAGAAAAACUGGCUGACGAUGACAUUCUUUCGGGACUGGCUGUCAAAUUUUCCUCGAAACCCGUGAAACACGUCGAUAAAGAUUCCGUUGAUCGGCCACCAUUGUCGAAGAAAAAUAUAGAUUUAAGGGUUCUCGAUGCAAAAGCUGCUCAAAAUCUAUCCAUUCUACUGGGAGGAUCCCUUAAGCAUCUCUCCCACGAACAAAUUCGAUUGUGUCUUCUCCGCUGUGACACCACCGUUAUAGGACCGAGUGUGUUACAACAGUUGAUUCAAUAUCUGCCCCCGCCGGAUCAGUUGAAGCGACUUCAAGAAGUGCGGGCACGCGGUGAGGUGCUUGCCGGCCCAGAAGCCUUUGCUGCCACGAUAGCGGAUAUAAAGCGGUUAGGGGCGCGUCUUCAAAGUCUUAGCUUCAAGCUGAAUAUGCCGGACAUGAUGCAGGACUGUAAACCGGACAUCGUAGCGGGAACAGCCGCGUGCGAAGAAGUGCGAUCAAGCAAAAAGUUUGCCAAGGUGCUCGAGCUAAUCCUGUUGCUGGGGAACUACAUGAACUCGGGUAGUAAAAAAGAGGCAGCUUUUGGAUUUGAAAUAAGUUUUCUACCCAAACUGAGCAGCACAAAAGAUUAUGAAAACAAACAGACGCUUCUGCACUAUAUUGCCGAUGUUGUGGAGAAGAAAUUCCCCGAAGCGCUAACGUUCUACGAGGAUCUUUCCCACGUGGACAAAGCUUCGCGGGUUAGCUUAGACAACAUCCAGAAAACGAUGCGGCAGAUGAAUAAUUCCCUCAAAAAUCUCGAAGCAGACUUGAACAACAAUAAAGUUCCCCAAAGCGAGGACGAUCAUUUCCUGGAAGUUAUGGGUCAGUUCGCCACCGAAUGCCGCAUCCAGGUGGAAGUGCUGGGGCGCAUGCUGUCGCAAAUGGAGUCACUUUUCCAGAAAAUCUCUGAAUACUACUGUUUCGAUCCAGCCAAGUACACGAUGGAAGAAUUCUUCACCGAUAUACGGACGUUCAAGGAUUCGUUCGUGCAGGCCCAUGCGGAAAACAUCAAGCUUCGAGAUGAGGAAGACAAAAAACGCAGAACAAUGGAAGCGAAAGAACGUGCUCAGCGGGAGAUGCAGGAGCGACAGCAGCGGAAGCUAGCCUUGGUCGAUAUCGAUGCCGUCCAGACACAAGAAGGUGUGAUGGACAGUUUACUGGAGGCUCUGCAAACGGGCUCGGCUUUUGGCAACCGGGAUCAGCGGCGGAGAAGAGGACCGCGGCCGGCCGGAGCGGAACGAAGGGCUCAGUUGAAUAGAAGUCGAUCGCGCACCGGAAUCACGGCGAAUGCGUUUUCCAGUAGGGAAAUGCUCUCGGAGCUGUUGGGACCCGCGUAACCAGGUUCGUAUAUCGUUGCCACUCCUAAAAUUUAAACCUAACUUCCAUUCAGUGAAGCGCAAGAAGUUUGUAGAUAGAAAAAAAACGUUAGAAAAGAUCAGGUAGAAUCGGUAUAUAUAUAUAAUUCAACGAUCCAUAUCUUUUCAUGAAGUCAAUAAAGUGAAACACCAAUUUAUUAUAUACAAUGCUAACAUGUUAAAUAGUGUACGUAAGUUAAGAGUCUUCAUGAAAAUUGAGAACAAGUGGCAUAAACCAUAUGCAUUAAAUGCGUUUGAUGCACAGGAACAAUCGAGCAAGUUAUCGAGCAGUAUUUUAUUCGAAGAGGAACACAUUCACUAAAUAUUUUGGGAGAAAUUGAAAAAAAAAACAAACAAACGAAUUCGAAUUCGAACAGCGAGUUACAGGUUGUGAUCUGUGCAGCCCUUCGGCUUAGUAUUUUGGUGUCCGCAAUUAUCUAGAAACAAAAAAUAUUUAUGAUGUAUCAAUGAGUUCAAUUAUUGGGUUUAGAAUGCAAUUUUAUUGCGCUGCUUAAAAAGACAUUUCCACAGAUGGUGAGUGAGAAAAGAAAGUAUACAAACUAUAUAGUUCAAACAGAAGAGUAUUUCGGCAAGAUCGCUGUGGCAAAAUUUUGGUAUACCGCAAAAAGUUACUAAAGUUAGUUAAGUAGGGAUAUGAGUAAAGUAACAUAACAAAAAUACUAAUAAAAAUUACGCUUUUGGGAUGAAUAUGUUAUUACUUUGCUAAAAGUAAAACUAUAUAAAUGCAUACGAGUGAUAAUUGUAUUCAACAAUACUUACAUACUUUUUUGAGUACAUAUAUAUAUAUUUCUGAGCAUUAUAUUUACUUCUAGAGGUAUAAGCUUAUAUUUUGUAGUUUCUAUUAUUAGGCGUGUACAUAUUUC